GCGGCCGGGAGCCGCCAGGGGGCGCUGCGGGCACCGCGCGGGCUUCCCGCGCUCGCCGGCGGCCACACGUGACCGCGGCACACACGUGACGACGGGAGGCACGUGACUGCCCAGCGCCACGUGACGCGGAGCGGAGCGGGACGGGAGCGGUGCAGCCAUGGUGUCCAAAAAGCAGCUGGCAGACUUUGGCUACAAGGCCUUCUCGGGCUCCAUGAUGCUGCUGACGGUGUACGCCGGCUACCUGUGCAGUGUCCGUGUGCAGAGGAUGCUCCAGCACCGCCGCCAGCGGGAGAACGCGCCGGGGCCUGAGAGCUGAGCCCGUGCUGGGACCGGCCCCGGGAGCUGGGACUGGCCCUGGGACCGGCCCCGGGAGCUGGGACCGGCCCUGGGAGCUGGGACCGGCCCCGGGAGCUGGGACUGGCCCUGGGACCGGCCCCGGGAGCUGGGACCAGCCCUGGGACCAGCCCCAGGAGCUGGGACUGACUCUGGGAGCUGGGACCGG